AUGGCGAGACACGAGGAGCUUCCAGUUCCCGUUUUCAAGUCUCUCGAACCCGUUUACGGAACCGGGUCGCAGCUCGAAGAGGCGGAGCUCCGCUUCAACAGAUUGAAAUCGAAAUUUGUUGAGUUCUUUGGCCAUGCCCCUGACAUCUUUGCCCGAUCUCCAGGGAGAGUGAAUUUGAUUGGAGAGCACAUAGACUAUGAAGGUUACUCGGUGUUGCCAAUGGCAAUCAGACAGGAUACCAUUGUAGCCAUUCGAAAAGUUAAAGGGGAUAAAGUUCUCAAGAUUGCUAAUGUGAAUAGUGAAAAAUAUUCUCUAUGUACUUACCCUGCUGAUCCAGAUCAGGAAAUUGACUUGAAGAACCACAGAUGGGGUCACUAUUUUAUUUGUGGGUACAAAGGCUUCUAUGAGUAUGCAAAAUCGAAGAGAAUAGACGUUGGUGAAACAGUUGGACUCGAGGUUGUUGUUGAUGGUGUUGUUCCAACUGGAUCUGGUUUGUCCAGCUCUGCUGCAUUUGUUUGCUCCUCUACAAUUGCUAUAAUGGCAGUUUUAGGUGCAAGUUUUCCCAAGAAAGAACUUGCGCAGCUAACUUGCGAAUGUGAAAGACACAUUGGAACUCAAUCCGGUGGAAUGGACCAGGCAAUAUCCGUUAUGGCUCAAUCCGGAUUUGCAGCACUUAUUGAUUUCAACCCUAUUCGUGCUUCCGAGGUUGAGCUUCCUUCGGGCGGCUCGUUUGUUAUUGCACACUCAUUGGCCGAGUCUCAGAAAGCAGUUACUGCUGCAACUAACUACAACAACAGGGUUGUCGAGUGCCGUUUAGCUUCUAUUGUGUUGGGGAUAAGACUUGGGAUGGGUACCCAAGAAGCAAUAGCAAAGGUGAAGACGCUUUCAGAUGUUGAGGGACUCUGUGUAGCAUUUGCCGGCACAUGUGGCUCCUCUGAUCCAGUUCUUGCUGUCAAGGUACCUCUUUCUCUCAUCUUUNAGGAAAAGUUGCAUGCCGUCUUUGCCGAUUCUCCUACUUCCUUGGAUGUGCUUAGGGCUGCCAAGCAUUUUAAGUUACAUCAGAGAGCUGCUCAUGUCUACUCAGAAGCUAAACGUGUCUAUGCUUUCAAAGAUGCUGUAUCAUCAAACUUGAGUGAGGAAGAGACACUCAAGAAACUUGGGGACCUGAUGAACGAGAGCCACCAUAGUUGCAGCGUGUUGUACGAGUGCAGUUGCCCUGAAUUGGAAGAGCUCGUCAAGAUUUGUCGUGAUAACGGUGCCUUUGGAGCAAGGCUUACUGGGGCUGGAUGGGGUGGUUGUGCAGUUGCCCUCGUGAAGGAAAAUAUUGUUCCCCAAUUUAUCAUUAAUUUGAAGGAGCAAUAUUUUCGGUCAAGAAUUGACAAAGGGGUGAUCAAGAAAGACGAUCUCGGGCUUUAUAUUUUUGCAUCCAAGCCGUCGAGUGGUGCCGCCAUCAUUGAAUUCUAG